UAGAUCUCCACAUAGCGCGGUGAGAUCUGCUGAGACUCGGUGACGUCAUGUGUCGUACCCACUCCGAGCAAUUUUCGGGCAGAGCGAAGUGCGCGGUAAAAAGAAGAGGGGGACACAAACAAAAACAUGUGGCUUCCUCUAUGAGAACGCGGGUGAGACCAUGACGUGGAUGAACUCGACCUCUUGGUAAACCUCCAUCAUUGAUCAGAGCUGCGCCUGGAAGUCCAUAUUUGGCCAUGGGUCUGCACACGGCUCAGAAGAAGUACUUUCCUCUCAGGGGCAUAGACGGGGUGGUCCAGCUUUUCGACUCCGAGCUCCGCAGGUCCGAGCCCGACCUAGCUCUCCUCUCACUGGUGCUGGGCUUCGUGGAGCAUUUCCUGGCUGUGAACAGGGUCAUACCCAUAAAUGUUCCGGGGGUCCGCUUUGAGCCGCUGGAGCCGGACUGUCCCACGUCUUGCUUCCCCACAGUGGAGCUGGGGAUGAUUUCUGCCCUGUACGAACGCUUUACGGCUCAGAUCCGCGGGGCGGUGGACCUUUCCCAGUAUCGGAGGACGUCCGCUGGGUCCAGCAGAGAGCUGGUGAAGAAAGUGUCUGACGUCAUCUGGAACAGCCUCAGCCGGUCCUAUUUCAAGGACCGGGCUCACAUCCAGUCCCUGUUCAGCCUCAUCACAGGCACCAAACUGGACAGCUCAGGAGUGGCGUUCGCCGUGGUGGCGGCCUGUCAGGUGCUGGGGCUGAAGGAUGUCCACCUGGCGCUGUCUGAAGACCACGCCUGGGUCAUAUUCGGGAAAAACGGGGAGGAGACGGCCGAGGUCACCUGGCAUGGGAAGGGCAACGAGGACCGCCGCGGGCAGACGGUCGCCGCCGGCGUCAACGAGAAGAGCUGGCUCUACCUGAAGGGCUCCUACAUGAAGUGUGACAGAAACAUGGAGGUGGCCUUCAUGGUCUGCGCCAUCAACCCUUCACUGGAUCUACACACCGACAGCCUGGAGCUGCUGCAGCUACAGCAGAAACUCCUUUGGUUGCUGUACGAUCGAGGCGAUCUGGACAGGUAUCCCAUGGCGAUGGGGACGCUAGCUGACCUUGAAGAUCAGGAUCCAAUACCAGGGAAGGAGACCCCGCUGCAAAUCCAUCUCAGGGCCGUAGGUUCUGCUCAGAAGUUCUACAACAACGAGCACAUCUACCCCUACAUGUAUCUGGCUGGUUUCCACUACAGACACAGGAACGUCCAGGAGGCUCUGAAGGCCUGGGCUGAGGCAGCGCAGGUCAUGCAAGACUACAACUAUUUCCGUGAGGACGAGGAGAUCUACAAGGAGUUCUUCGACAUCGCAAACGACGUCAUCCCCACUCUGCUGAAGGAGACGGCCACGGCCGACAACCCCGGGGAGGACGGAGACGCAGGACAAGCCAACGACAAGGAGAACAGCAAGCAGCUGGCGGCGGUCUCGGCGCUCCAGGACCCAGAAUGCUUUGCUCACCUGCUCCGUUUUUAUGACGGUAUCUGCAAAUGGGAGGAAGGAAGUCCAACUCCGGUUCUGCAUGUGGGCUGGGCCACCUACCUGGUCCAGUCUCUGAGCCGCUUUGACGCUCAGGUGCGUCAGAAAGUGUCCAUCAUCACCAAAGAGCCCGAGUGCCCUGACGACGACGACCAGUCCAGCGAGGAUCCUCGGGAGGGCCGCAGGCGGGGCCCCAGGAGGGAGUCCAAGCUGGAGGACCAGAGCCUGUCUCCCCCCGCUGCUCCAACCUCCCCUCUCGCCCAGCAGCCGGCGGCGGCGGCAGCACCGGUUCAGCCCAAGAAGGUUGGGGAAGGAUCCGCCCGCCGCCGCUCCUCCCAGGGUCUGCGGGCCGGAGAAAUAGAAGGAACGCCCAAGUCGCCCGGCUCAGACUCGGUCUCCUCCCCUCUCUCCCAGCAGCUGGCGUCUCCCUGCCCCGCCGGCCCCGUGGUCGUGUUUCAGAGCGAGAAGAUGAAGGGCAUGAAGGAGCUGCUUUGUGCAGCCAAGGUGAACUCCAGCGCCAUCAAACUGCAGCUCACCGCGCAGUCGCAGGUGCAGAUGAAGAGGCAGAAGAGCACCGCAGCCGGCGACUACUCCAUGUCCUUCAUGAAGCGCCAGCGCAAGUCUCUGUAGACGAGAAAACUGUGAAAAACCCCAGAGGGUUAACGCUCGUUAUCGUCUCCAUGUAGGUCCUCAUGUCACUUUACCUUCUUUGCUCUGAGCAAUACAUCCUAUGGAGCCACAUUGGGGGCAAAAAAAGUCUGUUCUAAAAAUAUGGAGAGAAAAAAAAAGCUCCAUAAUAUCGAGAUAAUCUGUGGCCAUAAGAUUAGUUAUUUUGAAACUGUAAAUUAAUUUCAUACGAUACACAAAACUGGAUCUGGAAAAAACAUUUAAAAAUGUUGUUUUAGUUUUAAAAUCAGUAUCGAUACAUUUUUUUUUUUACGAUUCCUGAAUAGAAAUAUUUAGUCUAAGUUUCUAAGCGUCACCGUCAUCCAAGUCCCCCCCCCCCACGCUGAGGGACUAGGACUUGGAGAAAGUUUCUGAAACUGAACAAAACCUGGAAAAUCUUUUUUUUCUUUUUCA